AUGAAGGACAUCGAGGAAGACAAUGACGAGGAUGUUAAGAUAGAGGAGGAGAAGGAGGAGUGUAUUGAUCUUUUGGACGAGGAGGAGGACGACGGCGGUGACGAUAACGAGGCGGCUGAAAUCGAGGAUGAUUCGGAGGAGGAAGGUCUGAGGAAGGUGAUGAAGCUGAGCGAAGCUGCGAGGAAAGCGCGGAAGCGUGACGUGGCGGAUCGGGCGGGGGCUGGGGAGGAGGGUGCAGAGGACGGGAAGGGGGAGGGAUUGGCGAAGAAAACAAGAAGGAAAUUGGGGAACGGGAAAGUGAGUGAUAUGGAGAAGAGAGAAUCGGGGCAGGGCAGCGAGGUUGGAAAAGACGGGGGCGACGGGGGUACGCGCGAGGGAGACGGGAACGAGGAGAGACAGGGGGAGAAGGAGCGGAAAGAGGAGAGCGGUGAUGGUAGAGAAGCGAGACGAACCGAGAAGGAUGGGAAGGAGGAACGUAAUGAGGUAACGGUUAGUAAAGAUGGUGAAGGGGGAGGAGUCGGCGGAGGAGAUGCGGAGGGGGGCGACGGAGCUAGGACGCGUGGGGAGCGGGGGGAGCAGGGGGAGCAAGGGGAGAAAGGGGAGAAAGGGGAGAAGGGGGGGAAUGGUGAGAAAGGGGAUCUGGACGAGGGACGGGAGGAGGAGCAGCGACAGGAAGAGAAAGGAGAGAAGGGGGAGAAGGGAGAGAGGGGGGAGAAGGGGGAAAUGGGAGAAAAGGGAGAGAAGGGGGAACAGACGGGGAGCAUGGUAACCCGCAAGAAAGACAUAUCAUACGUUCUUAUAGACUUAAAGCCUCGAGAGCUGGCUAAGAAGACAGGGGGGAGCAAGGAUAGCAAGGGGGGGAGCGCUGGGGAGAACGGUGGGGGAACGCCUGGGAAGGAGGAGGACGGUAGGAGUGACGGGCAGACGAAAAAAUCAGGGGCCGAUGGAGAGGCUGAUGGGGCAGGUGAAAAAACAGGUGUGGGGGGGGCAGCGCGGACAGCAGAAGGGGGGAAGAAGCGGAAAGGCCUCCCCCCACGCGCUAGGAAAACGGGCAAGAAGGGGGGAGGAAGGGGGGGACAUGGGGGUCCCAAGGGGGGAUUGGCUGGUGCUGGGGCGGCUGGGGGAGGGCUUAUAACGGGGAUGGGGGACAAGAGGAAGGAGGCGGAUCUGGUGAAGGUUGUACCUGCGCCCAAGGGGCUGGAGAUCGAGGACGGACCUGAUAAGCCGGUUGUCUUAUCACGAGUGUUCCGGGCGGCACAGAUCCAGUUGAGUGAGGACAGGCUGUCAGCCACGAGCAGCAAGGGCUAUCGCACGGUGCUGGCAACCAGAGGCGUGCUGGAAGGCGCGUGGUAUUUCGAGAUUCACAUGCUGCAUCUGGGGAGCACAGGGCACACCCGCAUAGGCUGGGCAACUCAGCGAGCCGACAUGCAGACUCCUGUGGGGUUUGACACAUGGGGGUUUGGGUUUCGGGAUGUGGAUGGGAGUGUGGUGCAUCAGGCGGUGAGGAGGGCGUAUGCUGGGGGAUCGCUGGAUUUCCCUCCUCUGCCUCCUGCUGGCGUGACCGCUGCUGCUGCUGCUGCGGAUGCUGCUGGUAUCACGGCUGGUGUUAAUGCCACAGGAAAUUCACCUGAAAAUCCACUUGACACGGGAAAUCCACCUGAAAAUGCAUCUGCUGGCACGGAUUCCAUCCAUAAAAGGCCCCAAUCCCAGCCUGCGGGAGACAUGAGCAAGCGGGCCCCAGGGUACGUGGAGGGCGACGUGAUUGGCUGCUACAUCAGCCUGCCAGGUGGCGCCAGGCUGGCGCCCAAGCCGCGGCCGCUGGUGACGUGGAAGGGGCAGCCGUGCUACGUGGAGAGCGAGGAGAGUGCAAGAGGAGGCCCUCCCGUCCCUGGAAGUGAAAUUGUGUUUUUCCGCAAUGGGUUGUGUCUGGGCACGGCCUUUAAAGACAUUCCAGCGGGCAGAUACUUCCCGGCAGCUUCCCUCUUCACGCUGCCCGACCAAUCAGAGGGCGCCACCGUGCGCUUCAACUUCGGGCCGAAUUUUUCGCACCUGCCCAAGGACUGGGGCGGGCAGCCUGUGCCGGGAGUUUUUUCGGCUGCCCCACACGUUCCUGCUUCGGAGUAUGAAGCUGAUCUAGGGGAGGAGGGGGAAGGGAAGGAGGGCAAGGAUGGGGUGGGGAAGGAGGAGGAGGAGGAGGGGGAGGAGGAGGGGGAGGGAAAGAAGGGGAAGGAGGGGAAGGAGGAAAAGGAGGAGACGGAGCAGAAGGAAGGGAGAGAAAUCAAGGAGGAUGGUGGUGGAAAUAAGGAUGGGGGAAUCGACAAGAAUGAGACAGCGGAGGGUGAGGGCCAAGGAGGAGGAGAGACUAAGGAUGAGAAACUGGAGGGUGGGGAGGAGGGGGGAGAGGGGAAGGAUGAUGAGAAGAAUGGUGAGAUGGAGAAAGAAGGGAAGAAGGUGAAGGAAGAGAGGGAGGAGGUCGAUGGGGAAAUGACAGGAGAGGGGGCUGGUAUUGAUGAUAAGGUGGGGAAGGUGAAUAAACAGGGUAGAGUGCAAGAGGAGAGUCCGGAGAGAGAAGGGGGGAGCGAGAAGAUUUUAGGAAAGCAAGAGGGGGUUAGGAAUAGUGGUGGAGGGAGCGAUGAUGCGAGGAUGGAAGUUGGGGAGAAGCGAGAGGAAGUUGGAGGGGAUGAUUAA